CGCACAGGUGCGAAUCUCUGUUGUCAACGUCAGUUGUGUGUGCAUUAGGAAAUUUCUGAUAAACACACGUUAUAAAACCAGUAAUAUAUUACCAGGUAUUUGAACAGCAUUUAAGAAUGGCGCCUUGAAUGCAACACGAUAAUGAUUGUUCUCAGAUCAAGUUAGGUUCCAACUCUGGUGUACAUAUAUUUAUAGCAAGCGUCGCCACGUCGCGUAGUUGCGGGCUGCGACUCGUAAGCAUUAGAUGUGUGAUUUGCAUGCCAUAAUUUACGAUACAAAUAAUAUCUAGUUUAUAUAAGUUUGAAGCGAUAUUCGAUUAUACAAUCAAUCGACGUGAAUGUAAAAUGUAAAUAAAAAGUAGUCUCUUCGUCUAUUUUUAAUUUGGGUUUUCUUAAAAUCAUUUAAGAAAUAUAUAGUGAAAGUAUGGCUGGUAAUGUCACGAAUAGCGUGGAAACCGUGCUAGGAGACAAACUGUUGUCCGAGCUCGGCAAAACAUUAACGCAUGAGCAUUUAGCUCUCGAUUUCCGCAAAUUUUACGUACCACCACCGAGCCAUCUGAAACGUUAUCUCGACGAUCGUUUGUUUUUACAUAACAUUGGAUUUGUAAAGCAAUAUCCGUACAGCAAUUUAUACAAUUUGGAAUUUUAUGACGAUGAUGCAGCGAGAGCUGUCCACGCAGAUGUGGAAUUGUUCAAGGAAGCCGGUGGCGGAACCAUCGUGGAAAAUAGCAAUCAUGGUCUGAAUCGCGACAUCUCUUUAAUGAAGGACGUUAGUCAACGCACGGGAAUUAACAUAAUUGCUGGAACUGGUUAUUAUGUUGCCAGUGCGCAAAAGCCAUCGACACUCGGCAUGACCAAAGAGGAAAUGUACAAUUUGAUGUAUAAAGAAUUGGAAGAGGGUUGCACGGAGUGUCCCGAGGUGAAAGCGGGAUUCAUCGGCGAAGUCGGCAGUACUUGGCCGAUCGAAGAUUUUGAAAGACGAGCUAUUUGCGCGACCGGCGAGUUGCAGGCGCAAUUACGUUGUUCCGUGAGCUUUCAUCCCGGCAGAGACGCAUCUGCGCCCAUGGAAAUAAUGCGGAUCUACCAGGAAGCCGGUGGAGAUCCUAGCAGAGCUAUUAUGUCCCAUAUCGAUCGUACGCUGACGAAGAAACAGCAUCUCAUGGAAUUCGCCGACGAUACUAAAUGUUACAUCCAAUUUGAUCUGUUCGGCAGCGAGUGUUCCUUUUAUCAACUGAAUCCAUCGGUCGAUAUGGCAUCAGACGCACAGCGCGUAAAACGUAUAAUAAAACUGAAAGAUGAAGGAAAACUGCACCGAGUGCUUAUGAGUCACGAUAUUCACACCAAGCACAGACUGAUAAAUUUCGGCGGUCAUGGAUAUUCCCACAUUGUGAAUAACAUUGUGCCGCGAUUAAGAAACAGGAACUUCACAAUGGAGGAAGUCGAGCUAUUGACGGUUGAAAAUCCCAGAAGAUGGCUUACUCGGCAGUAAUUUAUCUGCAAAACAGAUACAUCUUUUCUCAAGAAACAGCAUUGAAUUUAUAUGUCACAUUCCUAUUGAUUCCGAAAACAGCUGUGACUUAUUUCUAUCACAUUUAUUAUUAUAAUUAUUACAUUAAUUGCACUGUAAAAGUAAAACAAUAUAAAACUUGUAUUUUAUU